GACAAAGACAUUUCUACUAUGGUGGCGAAUUUCAAGGUCUACAAAAAAUGUUCACCCAACGGUAAGCUCGCUGUUUACCUAGGUAAACGCGACUUCAUCGACUACCUGUCGGGUACCGAACCGAUUGACGGUGUAGUCCUAAUCAGUCCGGAAUAUGUGGAUAGCAACAGGAAAGUAUGGUGCCAGCUAUUGUGCAGCUUUCGCUACGGACGCGAAGAAGAUGAAGUGAUGGGUCUCAAUUUCCAAAAGGAUCUCUUCCUGGCGUCAGAGCAGAUUUUUCCACAAAUUAAGAAACCCGAAUCCAAUCCUACCAAGCUGCAAGACAGGUUGUUGAAGAAACUGGGUUCGAAUGCGAUUCCCUUUACCUUCACAUUCCCGCAGAGCGCGCCGUCUAGCGUGACUCUUCAACCUGGACCCGACGAGACCGGCGAGCCGUGUGGCGUAAGUUACUACAUAAAGGUAUACUGUGGCGAUACGGAGACCGAUGUGACCCACAAGCGUAGCACCGUCUUGAUGGGCAUCCGCAAGAUCCAAUACGCGCCCACGAAGCAGGGUCGUCAGCCGUGCACGGUGGUGCGCAAGGACUUCCUGCUGAGUCCGGGCGAGCUCGAGCUCGAGGUUACUCUGGACAAGCAGCUCUACAAUCACGGCGAGACGAUCGCUAUCAAUGUGUGCGUGCGUAACAACAGCAACAAGAUAGUGAAGAAGAUCAAGGCGCUGGUACAGCAGGGCAUCGACGUAGUGAUUUUUCAGAACGGUCAAUUCCGAACGGUAAUAGAAGCGAUUGAGACACAGGACGGUUGCCCAAUCAAUCCCGGUUCGACUCUACAAAAGGUGCUUUACCUGAAGCCUUCCUUGACGAGCAAUAAGCAUCGUCGCGGCAUCGCCCUCGAUGGCGUAAUGAAACGGGAUGAGAGCGACCUCGCGUCCAGCACUCUGCUUACCUCGCCGGAUGUGCGCGACACUUUCGGCAUCAUCGUAUCCUACGCCAUCAAGGUCAAGCUUUAUCUGGGCGCUCUGGGCGGCGAGUUAACGGCCGAGCUGCCAUUCAUUUUGAUGAGACCCAAGCCAUCCGAUCGGGUUAAACUUGUUCCAACAGACAGCGUACUGAUUGAAGACAUCCCGCACGAGAAGGUCGACGAGAAAGUCGACUUCUAAAAUAACAUUUUAAUAUCCCAUGGGAUCCCAUCGUCUGAGUUCUCGUUUCAACCGCUUCUCGCGCCCAACUUUCUAAUUAGCAUAUCGACCAGGCACGAAGAUGAUACAUCCAAAAGUGAUUUAAAGGGCGUGCCUUAAUUCGGAAGUAGUCACUUAAUUUUUUUUACCUAAACAAUCAUUUGGGAUAUUUCUACAUUCCUUAAUUAAAAUCACUAUUAUUAACAACAUAUUAGGAAUGCGUAUUCUAAAAAAUUACUGGAUACCGGAUAUCCGGACAGAAUACAACAUUUCUUCGAGUCGGAUAUCCGACAUUUUCCGGAUAUCCGACCGGAUUCCGAGAAAGUGUCUUCUAAAAAAAAAACAAAAAACAAAAAAAGGCCU